AAAAAGGGAAAACACACAAAAAGAAAGAGAACAAGAGAGAUCUGGGUUUAUCUGAUAAAACCAGAUCUUCUUCUUCUCUAACCAAGUUCUCCGACAAUGAACGACCUCUUAAAGGGCUCGUCAGAGUUCUCGAGAGAUCGAUCAAACAGAAGCGAUAUUGAGUCAGCACAUGGACCAGGUAACUCUGGAGAUCUCGGCCUCGCCGGUUUCUUCAAAAAGGUCGGAGAAAUCGAUAAUCAAUAUGAGAAGCUUGACAAGCAUCUCAAGAAGCUUCAGGCAGCACACGAGGAGACUAAAGCCGUCACCAAGGGUCCUGCAAUGAAAUCAAUCAAGCAGAGGAUGGAGAGAGAUGUUGAUGAAGUGGGAAGAAUCUCUCGUUUCAUCAAAGGAAAGAUCGAAGAACUUGAUAGAGAGAAUCUUGAGAACCGGAGUAAACCGGGAUGUGGGAAAGGAACUGGAGUAGACAGAACAAGAACAGCCACAACUAUCGCGAUAAAGAAGAAGUUCAAGGACAAGAUAUCUGAAUUCCAAACUCUAAGACAAAACAUUCACCAAGAAUACAGAGAAGUUGUGGAGAGGCGUGUGUUUACAGUGACUGGGCAACGAGCUGAUGAAGAGAUGGUCGAUAGAUUGAUUGAAACGGGAGACAGUGAGCAGAUUUUUCAGAAAGCAAUCAUGGAGCAAGGACGAGGCCAGAUAAUGGAUACACUAGCUGAGAUUCAGGAACGUCAUGACGCUGUCAGAGAUUUAGAGAAGAAACUCCUUGACCUCCAACAGGUGUUUCUUGAUAUGGCCGUGCUGGUGGAUGCACAGGGAGAGAUGCUAGACAACAUAGAGAAUAUGGUCUCAAGCGCCGUGGAUCAUGUUCAAUCCGGGAACAACCAACUAACAAAGGCACUAAAGAAACAGAAAAGUUCAAGGAAAUGGAUGUGCAUUGCCAUCCUCAUCCUUCUUAUCAUCAUCAUUAUUACAGUUGUCUCUGUUAUCAAACCAUGGACACAGAAACAUGGUGGUGCUUAGAGUUCUCUUCUCCCUGCCCUGCUUCUGAAGCUUUUGUAUACAACAGUUUUAACAUAUACAUACAUGUAUCAACCCAUCAAAAAACAUCCUUCCAUUGUCACUAACAAAAUGAUGUAUUCUUUUGAUUGGAUCAAUGAAAGAACUUAACUAUUCUAAUAAUACCAUCUCAGUGACCAUCCCAGUCUAAUGAAUAUGAAUGUGGAGCAAAACAGGAGACAGUAAGUGAAUAUAAAAACUCUGUUGAAAUUUACUUUUAUCUUUCAUAUCUGUAGUGUGUGAAAACAAUUCCAGAAAAAAAAACUAUUGGAGAAAAAGAGACGAAAGAAUCUGAAUAAACCUUUUAUCAGAUUUACAAUGAAUGUGGAAAAAAAAAACAAAGAUACCUCCAGCUUCACCUUUGCUUCAU